UGAACACAGCACCAAACUGAAUUAUAAUGUUAAGCAGAAGGAUGCAACCAUUCUUUGGUUAGAUUCACUUCUGUGAACAAACAUGCUUGGAACAUUUUUUGGAAUAACAUUUUUCAUCACCUAUUUCCUAUAUACUGAGGGCCAAAGCUAUCUUGAAUAUGGCUUGAUCAUAUCGUGCAGUGGAUCAGCAGGUACUAAUGAAAUUCUCUUCACUUUAAACAAUGAAGUGGGUGCAUACAUGGACUUUAAUGAGAAAAAAUUGGUUUUUGUAGCACCUGACUUUGUACAAACUCAAACUAUCUUGAAUACAUACCCCUUGGAUAAUUUUAACAUAGAUUUUAUUGAAGUAACAAAUUUUUGCAAAGACACAUAUUUCAGGACACUCUCCUUUAAUGCAUCUGAAACUCUUGAACCCCCCUGGCUCUCAGUUUAUCCCAGGAAUAACGUGAAAUUAAAUGUCAGGAACAACCUGGUUUGUCUGGUUUUUGGAUUCUUCCCUCCACCUGUCAGAGUCUCAUGGAUCAAGAACAAUGUGAAUGUGACAGAUGAAUCAACUCUUAGCAGAUAUUACCCCAACAAAGACGGGACAGUGAAUGUUUUUUCUCGACUGAACUUCAUUCCAGAGGAAGGAGACAUUUACAGCUGUUCUGUGGAGCACAAAGCCCUUCAACAACCUCAAACCAGAACAUGGGUUGUAGAGAUAAAGGAGCCCAACACUGGUCCAUCAGUGUUCUGUGGAGUUGGUCUGGCUCUUGGGCUGCUGGGUCUCGCCACUGGAGUCUUUUUCAUUGCCAAAGGAAAUAACUGGAUAUAA